AUGCAGCAUUUUUCUUGAUUUGUAAUAGCAACGUGAUGGCAAAAAAGAGUUCAAAACAGAAACAAGACGACAAGCCGAAGAAGCAAAAAAGGGAAGUUAAAGUGGUGAAAUGCCCGUCGGCGUUUCCAAUUUCAACGAAACCCAAAAAACGUCCUCGCGAUGAAUACAAAAAUAGGGAUGAAGCCCGUGGAAAUUCGAAGAAGGAAAAAUUGAUCGAUUUGCAUGAUGCGGCAAAAGAAAUUAGAGCUUACGGUGCCACAGCAUUUGUUGGGAAGCAGAAGAGAGAUUACGAGGACGAGAAAUACUACAAGUUGACUGGGAGACACAAGAARAAAAAUUCUUGUCCCCUUCCUCUCGUUCGUGGUCUCAAGAGGGCGGCAGCAAGACGAGAUGCAAAAGCACGAGAAGAAGCAAGACAAGCUGGUCUGAUCAUCCCAAAGAAAAAAGACGAUUCCUCGAGAAAAUCGAUGACCGACACCGAAUUCCAGAAGUUUGGCCCUGCUCCAAAUAUUGGAUUCAUGAARAGUGGAGUAUAUCGAGUAUCGAAUGGUGGGGACUUUAAGAGCAAGAGAAAUGGAAAGGGAAGGAGGCGUUAGUGGUCAGUGACAUUUGCGCAUCUUAAACUUUCUGUAGAACUAGCCAUAAGAGUAAUAGAACAGAAGCAAAUCU